AUGAGUGUUGGGCGAGUAACUUCAGACCAAGAGAUGGGAAGUGCGUCUUUGGUUAGCCAUAGCUCUUCUCCGGGGAGCGAAUUCUCCACUUGUAAGAAAAGUUUUAGGGAAAGUGGUGCGGUUUCUGCUAAAAGAAGGACCAAAGUGUCCCGAGCGUGUGACCAGUGUAGACGCAAGAAGUUGAAGUGUGAAUAUCAGGAAGGCUCGCAGUCUUGUAUAGGUUGUAUGCGAAAUAACAGUCGAUGUGCAUUUGAUAGGAUCCCCUUAAAACGUGGACCUUCCAAAGGAUACGCUAGGUCUGGGAGCGGACAGGAGAAUAACCGUAAAAGGUCAAUGGGGGAUGAUGCUAUGCUUCCAUAUCCUCUGCCUUCUGUAGGGCCUUCUAAUCCUGGCUCUAUAGCGCUGCCGCCCCUGCAUUAUUAUCUGCCCACUGGUAGCGGCCAGCAGCAGCAGCAACAACAACAACAACAACCGCAGCAGCAGCAACAACAGCAACAGCAACAACAACAACAACAACAACCUCAGCAGCAGCAGUUCCCAGUUGUUCAACAGCAGUUCUGGAAAGUGCCGUAUCAUGAGCAUCAGUUUCAGUUGCGUGGUUCUUUGGAAUCCGUCAAUAGGGACAGUUCAGUUAGCCAUGGGCGACAUGAUAUCCAUGUUCCUUCGAAUGUAUCCUCAGCGUCGCGAGCGGCUUCCAGGCUGACUCCAGGGAACUCACAAUACCGCGAUGUAUCUCUUGAAUCAAACGGUGAAGGAUCCCGUUCUUCUAGUAUACCUCCACCGUUUGGGAGAUCUUCGUCUAUAUCGAGCAAUCAAACCUCGCAAUUGCAACAACAGUAUACAUAUUCACAGCUCUCGAAGUCAUCAAAUGGGUCGAUGAAUCAGUUUUCGUAUUCACAGACUCUAGGGAAUAUGAACGAUGGUGUUUCUCCGAAGUCACCUGCGGCUUUCCCCACAGUAAUUACGUCAGGCGGUUGUUCGCCUUCGACAUUGUCAGGACAUGUUGGUGGCGAACAAAGGCUAAAGACUACGGAAAGGAGGUAUGAAAUAGCGGAGAAUGGACUUGAUCUACCUGUGAGAACUCUAACACCUGUAUGCCCUACAGAUCAUACAAGGUUUUCUGACUUGGAACUAAUAGACAAGUACUACUCCUAUGUGCAUAUUAACUACCCUGUUAUACCCAUAAACAAGGAAACACUGACUAAUGAAAUACUUCUGGUUAAUACUCAGCCCGUCUCUGGUAUACAUGAGCUUAAUGGACAUAUAUUGCGCUGGUUUCGCACAUCUUUGGAAUUGCUGAUACGUAUUGCAUCGGGUAAAAGCCGGACCAAGUCUGAGUCGUCUUUGACUACGGCUACUGGUUCCUUAAGUGAGAGAAAAGAUUCACACGGUUUGAAUACUGCAAUAGGUCAAGAUGGGGAUAAAGAUGCUUUUCUCGAGGAUGAUCCAUUAUUUCUGCAGUCUGUAUUUAUUGCUGCACUUAAUGAAUGCUUCCAGAAAGUUGUAGAUAUACACCCCAGGGUCCGUGAAAAUAAACAGUUGAUUUCCCCCAAAGUCUCUAUAAUCUAUUUGAGCACAUUUAUUAUCCUGAACUAUAUUCUUGCAUUCGUUGGCUACGAUAAUUCGUUUGUUCUUGGAAUGUCAGUCACUAUUUUCAACGAAUACAAACUUUUCAAGUUGCUACUACUGCAUACUGCUGAAAAACCGCACACAAUGGAGGAUGACCAGGACGGGUUUCAGCUCCUGUACAAGCGAUUGUAUUAUAAUCUCAUUGUAUUUGAUUCGCUACAGAGCUGUUGUUUUGGAGUCCCCAAAUUGAUAUCAAUACCAAUAGACCAUUUAACUGCGCCUUUGUUCGAUAACGAACCCCAGUCCACUGGAGGGAAGUGGGAUGUUGAAAGUGAUGCCGAAAAGCUAGCCGUGAUUAUCUCGAACAUGAAAUUGGGUGCUCUAAUGACGGACCUUUGUAUAACAAGGCGACUGCCGCUACAGCAGCAAUCACCUAAAGAACAAAGAGCCCUCUAUACCUUAGAGCUAGAUGAUAAUGACACUACUGCUGGGGUUUUCUUCCAGUUCCUGUGCAUCAAGAGACAGUUAAUUGAUCACUUACUUGUGAUCUUAGAUCAGUGCGAUGGUCAGGCUAAAAUUAAAAUGCCGCUGUGCACUACCCUCAUAGACACUAUUUGUCGACUGACAUCGAAAAGUUAUAAUCUACUACAGAUGAUGCUGGACCUGAAUCCGGCCAACUGCAUUUCUCCAGGUGAAUCGCGCACCCCAAUAACAAAAGGCACGGUCUCGCCGUUUGCAGUUGCCAUGUUUUGCGGUAUAUUCAAUGUAAUUGAAGUCAUUAAGAAUAUCCCGACAUCACUAAUAACAUUCGUCACCGAAAACGGUAAGCAGGACUCCUCCUGUCAGAAACUUGUUGUUUCCUUAUCGAAGUGCAUGAAUGACAUCAUCCAGGUUCAUGGCUACGCCGAUUCCCUAAACCCUUCCAAAAUAUUUAAGAAAGAUAUUCGCAGAUCCAAGCAGCACUCUACUGAGACGAAUGAGCUAGCAAACCUCAUGCGUGGCCACAGCUAUUACAAUACAAGAUCGGAUGAUCAGAUAGUUCAGCAGUGUAUAGAGAUUACUUGGGGGUUAUUAGAAGACCAGGAACUAGGUUGGUGUGUUUAA